AGACUGAUCGAAUCUUCAGAAAUGGCGACAACUCCUUUCGCGAAUCCAACGCAGCUGCUACCUCUUGGUAAAAUAUAUAAUAUUUUAGUCCCUCUAUCCAUAGUUUUUCCUAUUCUUGUUCACGAAUGAAGAGAUGUUAAUUCAGUCCCUAUAUCACUGGUCACCAAUGCAUUGUAAAGUUAUUAUUUAUAAUUUAUAUUAAUUAAUUUAGGUGACCAUCGUCCAUUCUUCUCACAAUUUCUCAAUUAGGCCUACUGAAGGUAUUUUGAUAACAAAAUUAAAACUUAAUUUAAAAAAAUAAACCAAUGGCAUAGUUGAAUAGAGCAAAUUUUUAAAAGAUUGAUAGCAACAAAAAUCUAUUUUUAGCUGUUGUAGUUUUAAAGUAUUUAAAGUUAUGAAUUUUUAAAGUACCACUUAAUUUGUCCUUUUUUAAACAUUAAACAUGGACCGCAUCUCCAUUUUGUGGGACCCAAUUCCGCUGUUGGCGUCACAAGCUGUAUAACUCUUGUUUUACCGGUAAUGAUAAUUUUAUUUUCAGAACUAAUGCUGUAUUAAAAAAAUAAGUUUAAUAAUGUUAACAAUUAUAGAUAAAUUGUAGCUUAUCUAACUUUGCACCAUUUAUAUCAGUAAAUUUAAAAUAACGAAGUGAUUAUUCACACAGCUGUGCAGAUAACGCUCGCCGUUAUUCACAGAUUUUGGUCUGCCGAUAACGCUCGACAUUAUUCGCAGAAUGUGAUAAAUUAUAUUAUGAAUAUAAAAUACAAAGUUCGUAUGUAAACAUCUCCUCGGUAGUGUAGUGGUCAGUAUCUCCGCCCGUCACCCGGCAGACAUAGGUUCGAUUCCCCGUCGGGGAAGCCUCAUUUUUAUAAAUAAAAUUGUAAAAAAUAAUAUUUAAUGGUUAUUUCGUAGUGUUAUAUUAUAAUAAUAUUCUUCAUAUGGCUUUCUUAUUCUGUUCACAUAGUUUUAUUAUUAUUUUCAUAUAGUAUAGUUUUGUUACUUAUGUUACAAGUUUCAAUCUAUUUUGUUAGAAUGUUCAUUCAAGUUUCGUCAAAAAACUGUAAACAACAUGGACAUGCAGAUGAGCCGCAUAAACUAAACCAUGUUUAAGUCAGAUACAGCUGUUCUAACUGUACAUUGUGAAAAAGUCUCACUUCUUCUGCCUUUAAAUCCAAGUCAGAAAACCACUGCUGACACUGCAGCUGGGGGUCUUUGAUGAUCUCGCAUGCAAAUGACGUGGGGGGACUCCGCUGUUGCUUCAGCCAUGAAGAUCGUCCACUGCUGAAAGUGCAUCAAGUUGUUAACAUGUACUUGUUCCAAAAUAAAAAGAUUAAUUUGGAUCUGAAGGCUUUUAGGUGGGUGUAUAGAUAGGAAAACUAGAUUUUCCUCUCCUUGUAGUUUUAGGUUCAGAAAAUUUAAAUGACUAGUUAUGUCUGCCAUUUUCCAUACCCACUCUUCAUCAGACAGUAAUGCCUGUUGCUUGCCUUUACCUUCCAGGAAGUCACCUAUUUCCUUUCUUAACUUAAAUACUCUGCUCAGAACUUUCUCACAACUUAGCCAUCUUUUUGCUGUGUAAAAAUGGUACAUUUUGCGAUUCUGUGUCUGUAUCUUUCAACAGAUUUCUGAACUGUCUAUGGUUGAGCCCAUGUUACCUUAUUAAAUUAACCCUAUUCACCACAGGUUUCAGUACACUGCUAAUGUCCACAUAUUUAGCACACAACGUUUCUGGUGAAUAAUACAGUGCAGGAACAUUGGUUGCAGAAUUUUUUUCUCAUUAAAAAUCUUCUUCACUUGUCCAACCAAGCCUUGCUUUAUGCCACUCAUGUUAUUUCCUCCGUCAACAGUCAGGCAACUGAGGUUAGUCCAGUCCAAGUUAAAAUCAGCAAAUAUUUUUUUCAACUCAUCGGUAACAGUUCCGUACAUGCUAUUUGGGAAGCCAGUUCUUGUGUUAUGUUCAUGUCUUCAUCCACACCCCACUAACGAACACAAGCAGUUGAGAGGUGGAACAGCUGUCCAGCGAUUCAUCCAUUUCAAUUAAAAAUUGGGGAAACUUGCUUGCAUUUUUCACUAUUUGAGUCACAAUGUUUUCGCCCAUUUCUGCAACACGGCAGGCAAAUAUCCGUGCCACUAGAUGGCGUUAUAUAUUCUAAUUUCAUUGACUGUAUACGGAAGUAGAAAAACUAAACAGCGAAUAAGGUUUUGCAAAGUAAUUAUCGGUUAGAAAACAUAACGCAGUACUGCACGCCUCUAUUUUAAUUCGGUAAAAACGUAACGUCCACGUAAGCGACGUCUGAUCUUGGCAGGAUACACGUACAUUUCCGUAAUUUUUUUCUGUAGACAAAGGACUCCGCAGGCCGCAUUAGAGGGCCUCGCGGGCCGCGCCGUAGUUUGGAGACAACUGGACUAGACUAUUAAAAAGCAAUUUAAUUUAAUAAUUAAUUCUAAACUAAACUAAACAACAACAUAUUAUGAUGGGCUUAUUAAAAUUCUCCUGUAGGAAUAGUCAAAGAGAAUAAUUGAAUAAAUAUUAUUAUUAUUGCUUUCUACGACUACUAAUUUGAACUAAAUUAUUUAGUACUAUUUAAUAUUUUGAACUAAAUUAUUUAGUACUAUUUAAUAUUUUGAACUAAAUUAUUUAGUACUAUUUAAUAUUUUGAACUAAAUUAUUUAGUACUAUUUAAUAUUUUGAACUAAAUUAUUUAGUACUAUUUAAUAUUUUGAACUAAAUUAUUUAGUACUAUUUAAUAUUUUGAACUAAAUUAUUUAGUAAAUGGGAGCAACCCUUGGUCCCUACAUAAACUUUUUAAGUUAUGUUAUAAUCUUUUCUUAAAUUUUUUUAAUAUACUUAUUUUAAUCUUCUUUUAUUUAAUCAGAUGUUUUAAGGAUUUAAUAAUAACGAACACUUCAUAAUUGACAGUGAUAAUAGCCAUUUCCGGGUCCUGGAUCAAAACACAACAAAAUUAAUUUGGGGGACAUUUUCGUACCCCCUCUACUUUGGGAGAUGCAUAACUUUUGUGGGGCAAAGUCUAUUAUGUAACUCUAAUAAUGAAAAAACUCUCAAAAUGAAUGUAGUAUGCACUGAACUACACCUUAUUUGCCUAAAAUAACUAAUUAAAAAAAUAUGUGAUUAUAUGCUUACUCGGUGAUAAUGAUAAUCCUGAUCGUGACACAUAAAAAACCUCGUCGCACAGAUUUCAUAGAAAUGACCGGAAGACAAAAACUGACACGUCACCGAUGAUGACAGCAAUUAUUAAAGGUCAAAUGACGUAAAACACAAUUUUCCGAAGAUACUGUGUAGCCGUAAGCCAAAAUUGUGGAAUAAGUAUUUUCGACAUUUUAAGACAUGCGCAGAACGAUGCGUUGACUAGUUUCAAAAUGCCUAUAUAAUGUAUUAAUAUAUGGCUUUUCUGUUUACCAAAUCUUUUCAGAAAAGCAUUGUGCAGCUAAUAUUCUACUAAUACCAGUCUUUGUUUAGUUUAAAAUAUUUUAUAAGAGGUAUACGGCAGUUUGUUCAAUUUUUAAAUGGUGUAAUUUUGUAAUGUACACAUUUUUUUGCAUUUCUAUUUCUUUAUUUCAGAGCUGGUUGAUAAAUGUAUCGGCUCCAGAAUUCACAUCAUAAUGAAAAAUGAUAAAGAGAUUGUCGGUAUUUUAUUAGGUUUUGAUGAUUUUGUCAGUAUCCUUUUGACGGCAGACAUACUUGGCAAAUUUUUAUUACAUUAUUCAGUUUUUUGUUGUUGUUAUUUUUGGCAUAAAAAUUUACUGUCAGUUAAUGCUAUUAAUUAAAACUCAUUGAUACCUUUCUUCCGAGCUUUGAUUUUCAUAUACGCUAAAUGGCUUUAGCCGAGGGCCUCCAAAAUUUAAGACUAACUAAGGCCCCUCAAAAUUUAAGUUUAAGAAACCUCAUUUUAUAAAUUUUUUAAAUUAUUAAAAUUUUGCAAUCUCAUUCAAAAGUGCUAUUACUGAUUUCCCUAGUCACAUAUAGGCCAUGUUAAUGCAGCCACAUUUUGACUAAAGCACUGUGAGAUAAAGAAUACCAAGAAAUAAGAACAGAGCUCUUGAUCAACUCUCUCAAAGCAAAAGCAAAAAUACAAGAUGAAAUCCUUUAUUCAUUUAUUAGAUACGCUGGAAUCUAAUGUACAAAGAAGACCUACUGGGUACAGUGACAGUGCAAAAAUGUUUGGGUUUUGUUUCUAACUCAUCUGACAGCAAGAAAUUCAGGAUGUGAAAUGUCUAACGAAACCAUAAAAUUAUGUUCAGAGGGCAAAUGAUGUUUUAUUUUAAUGAUGGUGGUGUGUAAUUUUAAGUAAGUGAUUUUCCUUAAAACAUUAAGAUAUGGUCUUGGAAGAUGUUACAGAAUUGUAAGUAAAAAAUAUUUGUUGUCUUAAUUUAUGUAUCCCAAGUGAUACUUUUACCCGUACUUUGAACAGAUUUUAUACAUUUUCUGAUUUGUACAGCUUUUUACAGACUUUCACAGGAUUUAGAAAAACACUUUUGAAAUAAAGGGGAUGGCCAUCUGAACAUUUUUUUGCUCCUUACAAGAAAUUAAAUGUUGGUAAUUAUUUCUCCAUUCAAUUUAACAGUGAGCUUUGGGAUCAGUAGUGUAGGCUUUUCUUUGAAGUAAAUUUUAAAUAUAGGAUCUGGUUGUGGGGCAUCAGUGCCCUGUAUUUACUUACUGGUACAGGUAGAUAGUCAGAGUCAUACCAGUAGUAGUGGCUUUGAGAACAAAAUUUGAUAUCUGUUUAUAUAGUUUUAAGAAAAAACUACAUUGUCCAUUGAUUGUAAUAGUAGCAUAUUUUAUUUUAAAUAUAAGCAUAUCCCUAACAAUGGCAUUACUCAUUGGGUCAUUAUAACUUGAUUUAAUUUAAUGACAUUAAAUAAUAUCAUUUAAUUGCUUUUAUCACUUUCUACAACUUUAUCUUCUUUUUUGUAAACAUUAUUUUGAAACGAAAUAAGUGAGAAUUGCAUAAUACAGUAAUCGGCUUUUUAUCAUUUUUUAUUUCCUGCUUAAUCUAUCAACUUAAUGGCAGAGCUUAUUUAAAAAUAAAUACAUUUGGCAUUAAACAUGCACCGUGGAGAGUGAAUAGAUUGUACAAAACUAAAGAAUUAGUUAGGCUUUAUCCAUUAGAGCAUAGAGUGAGUUUCACAAAAUUCAUCAAAGAGUCAGUAAAUAUAUACAAUAAGCCAUUUUGAUUUUAUAUUAUCUAUGAUUUUCCUUCCUUUAAAUCAGGGGUAACACCGGCUUAAUUAAACUAAUGUAUUUUGGUCUAAGGGCUAAAACAAAAUGUCCUUCGACCCCUGAUCUAGCGGUUUUGCAUGUUUACAUGAAUUAUUUAGAGCUUGAGACAGUGGGCCUGUGUGUCCCAUAAGUGGACUCAUGAAGGCAGUGGGCCUGUGUGUCCCAUAAGUGGACUCAUGAAGGCAGUGCGCCUGUGUGUCCCAUAAGUGGACUCAUGAAGGCAGUGGGCUUGUGUGUCCCAUAAGUGGACUCAUGAAGGCAGUGGGCCUGUGUAUCCCAUAAGUGGACUCAUGAAGGCAUUGUGCCUGUGUGUCCCAUAAGUGGACUCAUGAAGGCAGUGGGCCUGUGUGUCCCAUAAGUGGACUCACGAAGGUAGUGAGCCUGUGUGUCCCAUAAGGGGACUCAUGAAGGCAGUGGGCCUGUGUGUCCCAUAGGUGGACUCAUAAAGGCAGUGAGCCUGUGUGUCUGAUAAGUGGAUUCAUGAAGGCAGUGGGCCUCUGUUUCCCAUACGUGGACUCCUCUAUUUCUACUUUGUUAACAAUAUAAAGUCAGUAGUUUUGAGGCUCUUGGGCUAUUAACAGAACAUUUUUCAUAUCUUAUUUUGAUUCCAUUUAAAUUAACCAUCUUGAUUGAUAUUUCUUGAAAUGUUUGGAAAUAUUAUUACUUAUGAAUUUAAUUACUUUACAUCUGAGACAAGGUAAGAUACCAUUACCCAUUUGCUUGAUUUUUUAAUUUUUAUUUUAGUGAAAGUACACCAGAAGGGAGAAGGGUAACCAAAUUGGAUAAACUGUUACUGAAUGGAAACAACAUUACAAUGGUAAAUUGAAUUUUUGUAUUAUUUUUCUUUUAGGUGCAAUCCAUAAAAGAUAUCCGCAAUCUCUUUUGGAGAUUUCCUUUAUGAACAACUCCUUAAUAGAAUUUGUUAUUGUUUUUUGCUUUGAAACCUUGGCUCCUGGUCCUAAAAUACCCAUGCCCCUGGGCUCCUGGUCCUAAAAACCCAUGCCCCUUGUCCUAAAAUACCCAUGCCUCUGGGCUCCUGGUCCUAAAAUACCCAUGCCCCUAGUCCUAAAAUACCCAUGCCCCUGGGCUCCUGGUCAUUAAAACCCAUGCUCCUGGGGGAAAAUUCUACAAACUGACACACGAGCAAACAAAAUCAAAUAAUUAUAAAAUUAUUUUAUUUAUUUCAAUCUAAAUUUGUCUUUAGUUGUCCAUAAGUAUUAUAACAAAUUUCACAAGGAGAAAAAUUGUGUUAGAAAUGGUGUGAAAUAGCUUAAGAAUAGUUCAUUUAUAUGACCCUGAUUUUUCAUAAAAGCCUUGGCUUGAACUAGGGGUAGAUCUUGUGUUGUUUAUUUGAUUCCCAAAGCACACAUCGAUGGCACUAUUUGUUUUAUUCGAUCUUUUUUUUCAAAAAUAAUCCUUUGAAUUAUUAGCAUAAAACUGCUCUAGUCUCUUCUUGAGAAUAGCAAUUUUUGUAUUUUGGUCACCUCUAUACAUUGAGAAAGCAUAACAAAAACAAUACAUUCAUGAGCGCUACCAUUACUGGUACCUUUCACAAGUCACGGGAUAAAUCCUGAACUAAGUAUUUACAAUACAUUUUAUGGUAAGGUAUGGUAGACAAAAAUAUUGGUCUGGCGGGGUGUGGAUUUUUAAAGCGCAGACAGAUAAAGCAGGGUCAAAGGGUUAAACACUUUCGGUUCACAUAGUAUCUUGGAACAAAGUAUUAUGAAAAAAAAUUUUUAAACCGGUAUAAAAAUAAGUGAUAUGACAGUGUGUAAAAUAUCAUAACAGAAAUUUGUUAAAAUUAUAAUUUAUGAAGCAGGGAUUGCAGUCAGAUUAAAGAAAACACUUUUUAUCAAAUUAAAUCAUCCAUGAAAUUCUUUUUUUUUUAUGCCUACUACAAAAAUUAUUUUACGUAUAAAAGGGAACAUAAAAUGUGAUAAUUACUGUUAUCAGCGUUCAAGUGGAAAAGCAUCACCAUCCUACCCUUAUCACACAUCAUAACCUGGGUGUCCUAACAUCCUAACAGUUAUGGGGCCCCUAACUAAAGUAAUGCAUUAGACCCCCUCCGUCCUCUCUAACUUAUGAAAGUUAAGUACCUGGUAAUUAAAUAAAAAUAUACAUACCGGUACUUAAUAGAAUCAAGCCUAUUUUUAUUUGUACUUUCAAUACAAUCGACUUUCAAUGACUUACAAAAUCAAAGAAAGUAACGAUAAUUCAACAAUCAUUUCAAUCUGAAUAUAGAUGUAUGAAAACAUGUUCAUAAGCAGAAUCCAAAUAGUACAAUUAUUUAAAUAGUGAAAUAUUUUAUGAGUAAUAAUUAUCUAAACUAAAAGAAAAAAUUAUUACUGUACUAUAAUUAUUAUUCAUUUUUAGAUAUUUUACAAAGCCUCCCUAAUUUUUCUUAACAGAAAAUGAUUUUUUUUCUUUAACUUUUAACACAAAUACAGACACAAGAGAUAUACAAAUGUUUUACAACAUUAUUUAUUUUUUAAAUUAAAAUUUUCACACAGCAUACACACUGAAAUUGUACAUUAGAAAAGGGUGUCAGUGAGCUCUUUAUGUCCUCUCCAAAGCACACACCCCCACCCCCAAGCCCAAAUAUCAGGCCGCGAAGCAGCACGUUGGAGAUCUCCCCUCGCCAGAACCGCCUCCGCCAGCAUUCACUCUUUCAGGUGCCAAUGGUGGCCACCUAGCCCAAGAAUAUCUGGUCGGCUCGUGAUGCUGCUCUCACAGCGUCAGCAGUCGACUUUCCCAGGAGUCGGGAUAGUAUAUUUACGUCCUAAAAUCUUCGCCCUCCCAUCCCGAGGAAGCAUCAGACUCUCUAAUUUCUUCAGUGGGUUUCUACCUCAAAACUAAUUUUAUGAAGCAAAUGGGAUGAAACGGCGGUAGUCAAAGAACAGCUCCCUCAAUUGGCUGUGGAAAUAGAAGUAUGCACACUAAAUUUAUUCAAUAUACUACUUUUUUAUAAAAAAAAAUACAAGUUACAAGCUAGGACAAUGGAUAUAUAAGUAAGUGGUUUAUAUAAAGCCUUUUGAAUAUUCUAUGGUCAAAGUCAUUGCCAAUUAAUAUUACCUCAAAUCGCUUGUCUUCAAUACACAGGAAUCAUUAUCUUUGUAGGCCAAGAAAAUCCUGUUGCAACCCCGCUGUCCCACAAUACAAAAAAUAUUAUUUUUUUAAAAAAUUAAGCCUUGAAAUUCAGGCUUUCUCCAGUGCAGUGCAUACACAGGGAAUGCUUCAGCGCAACCUUACUUAGUAUAUGAACAUAGGUUUAUCAUAUUAUUAUUCAAGACAAAAACUGACACCGUACAUCCGCCAACAGGCACAGAUUUCCAUUUCCCUAGGUGGGACCAUGGGUUUUAGAUGGGAUCAUGCUUUAAGAUGGCACAGAACAAAACCAUCUAAAACAUGAAGAAAUCCUAGUUACUGUAUCUGUUUGAACUUAUUGUUAACUUAUGUUACCCUUUUAUUCCAGUUGGUGCCUGGAGGAGAAGGUCCAGAGGUCAACUGACACUAACUGACACAUUUUUAAAUCUUUUUUUUUUAUACUGCUUUGUAUGUGUGUUGUAUGUUUGUUGUGCCUGAUCCCGACUGGAUAUGUUAGAGAUGAUUUUUUUUAAAAAUAAAUCAUAAUGACUUAUCAAUAUGCUUAUGGAUGGUUCUUGUAAAAGUUAUCUCAGAGUAUGUUUUAACCGUGCUUGACAGAGAGAGUGAAUGUUUGAACCAAUAAAGUGUGGUUAGUCUGCUUUUGAUCUGAGAGAGAAAUCUAUCAUCAUGUGUGUUUCAUAUUGUGACUCGGCCCAUAUAAAGAUAAAUAAAACACAAUCAUCAAGUACAUUCCUCAGCUUUAUUUUAUUAUCCAUUGAGUUUGACUUGAUUGUUAUGUUGUUGUUGGUUUUUAUUUUUUUAAAUUUUUUUGUUGUUGAAUUGGGGGUGGGCACAUAUUUAAAAUGCAUACAUAAAUGUAUUAUGUUCUUAAGCCCUUAGCUGACAUUUUCAUAGACAGGAUGAGACCAUCCACAUGUAUUGACUUCCUCACUGAA